GAUAUGAUAUGGAUGGAGAAAUUUUGUCUGCUACGCAUAUGCUGAGGAUGAAAUCCCAAUAAGCAAAUGUAAAGCCGUUUUCCAGUAAAGCGUUGAUAAUCCCAUGUCAUCUGUGUGCCUAAUACAAGAAGAGAACUGCCUUUAACUUUGAUGGGAGACUUUUUAAACAUCAUGGAUGCUCUUUGGAUGAUGAGAUUGAAUGUGGUACUUGGCACUUGGUGGCUUAGUCAAUUAUUCUUAGCAAUCAAUGGAGCUACCAUUCCUGGCACACCUAGCCCUGCACCUCAACCUGAGGAAGGAUCUAAAUCAACUCCAACACAUACCAGUAAUGAACCAACGUAUGGACCUAUACUCCCUCCAACUCCACAAAGCUCAGGACGACUAGGAACAAAUGAUUACCUGGCUGGUUUCAUCAUCUGCCUCACGAUGAAUAUUGCCAUCAUAGCUGUUGCUUUCUUCUGUUUAUGUUACCUUGGAAAACUAUCAUCACGGUCAGAUGACGAAGUAGACUCCGCUGAACCCCGACAGACAUUAUCAUGGAAAGAGGCCUUACAUCCGAUUGCAGAUAAAGUCUUCAAAAAGAGAUAGUGAUCUUAAUCAUCAUACACAAGAGAGUAAUGAAUGUGCCUCCUCCAACAUCAAAGGCUGGUAUUCUGACAUAGCCCAGAUUUAACUCCAGGGCCUUGUAAGGUUAGCAAUUAAUCACUAAAUGAAAUGGCCUAUCAGGAUCAUCAUAGCAUGCGCAUUUUGCUAAGUAGACUGACUAGGAACCAAUCAGAAUUGUCCUUUGAAAUUAGCAAUCAAUCGCUAACCUUUGUGUUAUCGGGACCCAGGGCCCUGUAAGGUUAGCGAUUAAUCACUACAUGAAAUGGCCUAUCAGGAUCAGCGUUGCAUGCGCAUUUUGCUAAGUAGACUGACUAGGAACCAAUCAGAAUUGUCCUUUGAAAUUAGCAAUCAAUCGCUAACCUUUGUGUUAUCGGGACCCAGGGCCCUGUAAGGUUAGCGAUUAAUCACUACAUGAAAUGGCCUAUCAGGAUCAGCGUUGCAUGCGCAUUUUGCUAAGUAGACUGACUAGGAACCAAUCAGAAUUGUCCUUUGAAAUUAGCAAUCAAAUGCUAACCUUUGUGUUAUCGGGACCCAGGGCCCUGUAAGGUUAGCGAUUAAUCACUACAUGAAAUGGCCUAUCAGGAUCAGCGUUGCAUGCGCAUUUUGCUCAGUAGACUGACUAGGAACCAAUCAGAAUUGCUCUUUUAAAUUAUUGAUUAAUCGCUAACCUUUGUGUUCUGGGGCCCAGACCAAACAAUCAUUUUAGACCACACUUCUGUGGAAUGCUAGUUUUCUUUAAUACUGAUAUGAUAUUCAUUAUAAAGAUAAUAUACCAUAUGAUUUAGUUGAAGGUUAUUGUAUCCUCAUAUCAUCUUCACAUUUUAUAACAAAAUUGAUUUUUUAUCAACUCUUUAAAGGUAAUUUGUUCUUGAUGAAAUACUGUAGAUAGCAAAUGGCACUCCAAAAAAUGUGGUUUUAGAACCUUGGUUUAAUUGAACACCACUUCUAUGAGAAUAUUGACAAAAGGGUUCUAUUGUAUGAUAGUGGUAAUGUUAUCAAAGCUUUGCUACAUUUUCCACAACAGACACAGAGAGGCAUAUUGCCUCCACAUAUGCUGUAAACAUAUGUAUUAUGUGCUUCUAGUCUUUAAAAAUCGUCCAAAGUUGCACGGACAAACUAAUGACAUCACAAUGGUUUCAUUAGGCAUGUGACUCUUAAAACCCUGGCUUCCUGGUUCCGAACAACCGUGGCCCUUGAAGACUUUCCUAGGGGGUGCUGCGUGGAAUUCUGGCAGGUGUGUAAAAAUUGAAAAAUUUAACCAAAAUGACUUAUAUUUUUUGUGUAUUGAGACCUUUUUUUGGAGGGGGGUUUGCCUUUGAAGUGAAAACUUUUUUUUUUGGGCAUUUCAAUUUUACAUCAGCACCCCCAGUUAAAAAAUUGUUCCCAGUGCCCUGCAAACAACCCAUGAGCUCUGGGAAAUGUGUACAAAAAUAGCCUGCCUAUUUAUUGGAGAAGUCAAACCUGACAUAGAGAUGAUGUUCAUUCAAGCAGAAAACAAUCUGAGAUUCAAAUCAGUGAAGAGUGGGCAAAAAUUAGUCAAAUAAGGUUUUGGAUUACUAAAAACCAUAUGUAUUAUUAUCAUGUUGUGGGUAUGGGCAAGUUGGUUACUUUGUCAUCAAUAGUAUUAAUAAUGAUAAUAACUUUAUGUAGCUUCUUGCACGGUUAAGCUACAGCUAAGGGUUAACUUAGGCUCAUGGAUAGUCAAUAUCCGAACGCACCAGCACACUCCAAAGAUAAAUGUCCAAUCACACAGUAAUGUAGGUUAAGUCAUCCAUAACAGUAAACAGUAAUCUUGACGAAAUAUUGAUGUGUUCACACGUGUAUAACAAUAAUCGAUGAUUGAAACGUAAAUAGGUGAUUGACAAACGCGAGCGAGCAACUGGUAGUUUGCGAUUGUUUGACCUCCUGGGGCCCGUAACACAAGGCUUAGCAAUGAUCGUAGAACACUUUUCUACAAUCUAUUCCAUUGACUACAAUGUUCAAUCAAUCGUGAAAAUCAAGUGUACGAUUAGUUGCUAACUUUUGGUUAGGAAACCCUGGUAUCACAAUAUCAGUAAAUUUUGAUUGAAUGUAACUGCACAACUUGUUGCAAUGAAACUUUUCUUCCUUCUGAGGUGGAAGAUGCAUAUGGCUUAUCACCCUUCUGAGAUGCUUAGGCUAAUUUGCAUACCAGCCUAAGCCUUGACCAAUGUGUUUAUUGUUACUAUGUACUCCUGGUCUGGCCAGGGCGUGGCUGACCAACCAGAAUUACCAUUAUUAUAAAUAACCUUGUUACUAGGCCAGAAAACAUACCCAGUGACCAAUUCGCAAUGACUUUACCCUAUUUGGGAAACAGAACAUGAAUUAGUGAACGUUAGUUUCUUAUAUAGUCUUGACUUUUAGCCAAUUUGUGGUUUAUGCCGCUACAUUAUAAUAACAAUAAUAAUAAUGAUAAUAAUGAUAGCUUGGUUUAUAUAGCUCUUUUUGCCAGAGGUUACACACCACAACUAUUACUCCACCAGCUUUAUCAGUAGAAACCUGUAAAAAAAAAGUUUUUGAUUGGCUGUUGAGCAGUGUUACCAUGGUAGUUGAUUCUGGCUUAAUUUAAUUGUUUGGGAAAUGGGAAUGAACUGUUGUCUCAGCCCCCCCUCCCCCUGCUUGAAUAUUAUUACGCCCAUGGUAGCUGAUACUGAUAGCAAACAUUUACUGGGGAGAAGAAGGGAAAAUCCACAUAUGGUUGCUUGACCCCAUGCCCCCCCCC